UAACAUUUUUUUUAUAUUCUACUUAAAGUUGUUGCAGAGGAGUUGACAACGUUUUGUGGCGCAACACCGUACUGAAAUGCUGAUGCUGUCAAACUGAGCAGUGGAACAAUUUAGGGAUUAGUUUGGCACCCGUUCUAGCAGUCAGUAUUGAGACAAGAUGAACCUGGAGGCGUACUUCCAAAGAAUAGGCUUCCACGGCCCACUGGACAAAGCGGAUCUCACCACACUGAAGCUGAUCCACAAGCAUCAUGUCAUGUCGAUCCCCUUCGAGAACCUCAGCAUCCACUGCGGCGAAGCGAUCGUCAUGGACCUGGACGCCAUCUUUGACAAGAUAGUGACACGGAACCGCGGUGGUUGGUGCCUUGAGAACAACUUGCUGUUUUCCUGGGUGCUCAAAGAAUUGGGAUACAGCCCGACCAUAUUGGGCGCCAGAGUCUUCAGUAGCGCCACUGGCGACUUUGGACCUUGUAAUAGUCACCUCAUCAAUAUGGUGGACAUUGAAGGCAAAGCUUAUAUAGCGGACGUGAGCUUCGGGGUGUCGUCGCAACUGUGGGAGCCGCUGGAGCUCGUCCACGGGAAGGACCAGCCUCAGAAGACCGCGGUGUUCCGUCUUCUAAACAAGGGAGAGGUCUGGGUUCUAGAGAAGUCGAGUCGAAAGUCGGUGAUCCUGAACCCGCACUUCGCCAGCUCGAGUCUGGUGAACAGGAAGCUGACAAAAACGAUAUAUUCCUUCACAAUGGUGCCGUGUGUCGCCGAGGACUUCUUCGAAGUCAACGACAAGCUUCAAACGGAUCCUGGUGCGCUCUUCACCAACAAGUCCAUCUGCUCCUUGCAAACACCCACGGGUUUCAUAGCCCUGAUUGGCCGCGUCUACAGCGAGGUCACCUCCAAACCCGAGGAGGGCGUCGACGUAUUCGAUAUGAGGGAUGUGCCAGAAGGCGAGGUUGAGCGAAUUCUGAGAGAGAAGUUUAACAUCCGUUUGCAAAACAAACUACAACCCGUCAACAACGCCUACUCAUACACACUCUAAGGCCAGGAUUCCUGAAGGAAAUGAUCCAAAUUCACGGAAUUGUUCAGAAAAAGAAGUACUGUAAGCUCCGAAUAGUGGCUCUUUGAUCAAAUGUCAAUCAUAUAACAGAACAGGUCAUUUUUUUUGUGACAUUUCUGUUUGUUUUUUCAAACAUAAAGUGCAAGCACGCCUCGGAUCUGACAUUCCAAAGAGGUUUUUUUUUAUUCCGAUUGCAUGGAAAAGUACUUUUAAAUUAAGUUUUACAUGGAGAAUCUGUCGGUCAUAAUCUUAGCAAUAAACAAAUAAUUCAUUGUUAUCAGAUUGUAUUAUUUGUAGUGAUCCAGAUUUUUUUUUGUCAUGCAAUGCACUUUGCAGAGAACAGCCGAAUAAUGAUUUAAUAAUAAUAA